ACUAUUAUUUAGUUCCUACCGCUAAGCACCGGAGUUCCGCGAGACACCUUCCGGUCCUGUGUCAGGUCAAAAUGCUCGCCCUGAGAGGGUUACAGAGGCUAAAACCUGUUUUAUCCCGACAUGGUAACCCGGGUCUCAGAAGUCUCUCCGGCUCUUCAAAUGUAGUCCGACAGAAAGAUGACACGCUCGUGAAGAUGGAGAACCCUUUCAAGGAGCCACAGAAAGGAUGUCUCCUCUGCAACGUCAGCGUGGACUUCAAAAACACUCAGCUGCUGUCUCAGUUCAUCCUCAAUACUUACAUUGCAGCUUGUUUCUCGCUCAAUACUGGACCAAAGUCAAAGAUUGUUGUAGUUUUUCCACUCCGAACAAAUGGCUUUAAGAAGCAUAUGCACACAGACUUUAAACUAAUAUUUAAAUACGUGUGUAUUCACGUCACUUUCUCCCUUUCAGGUUUCAUGUCGGUGACCCACAAACAUCCACAGUUCAUGAAGGAUCCCAACAUCUGUGCAGUCAGACAUCUGGACUAGUGCAUCAGUGUUAUCGGUGUUCAGUCUGUUGAUUAAAUGUAUAAAACCUGUCA